ACCUACACGCGCUACCAGACCCUGGAGCUGGAGAAGGAGUUCCACUACAACCGCUACCUGACCCGGCGGCGGCGCAUCGAGAUCGCGCACGCCCUGUGCCUGACCGAGCGGCAGAUCAAGAUCUGGUUUCAGAACCGGCGCAUGAAGUGGAAAAAGGAGAGCAAACUGCUCAGUGCGUCCCAGCUCAGUGCCGAGGAGGAGGAAGAAAAACCAGCCGAGUGAAGGUGCUGCGAAGGGAGGGGGGACGCGAAGGGAGAGGCCUGGAGGGGAACCGAGGGCACCCGAAAGCCCCAGAAGGCUCUGCGGUCGGGGGAGUCUGGGGACUCGCUCUGCCGCGCAAGGCGGGCGGGGCCCAGCCCUCUCCUGGACGUCCCCGCCCGCAGAGCUCUUCCUGGGCGCUUGCAGGCUGCCCACCCAGCACCCCAGCGCCUCCUCCCUCCCCGAAGAACCCACCUUGGCCUCAUCAGGCUCCCUGGUGAGAACUGAGAAUCGGACUCACUUGAUGUCUCCCGGAAGCAGAGCAGAAUGCUCGUGUCCUUGUCGAGUCUCAUUUCGUCCAUGUCCCCCCGUGCACGGUUCAAUGGUAGAUUCGCUGUCCCCUCAGCGGGGACCUGAAAGACUCCCUGACCCCAGACUUGUCUCUCCUACCCCCUCCCCAAAGCCACUGGAAGGAGCACAUACUACCUAGAAGUAAGAAGAGGAGCCUCAGAAGAAAACAAAGUUCUAUUUUAUUAAUUUUCUAUGUGUUGUGUUUGUAGUCUUGUCUUAGCUCUGGACGUGAAAUACUUCGGUAAUAAUAUUAAUAUUAUUAAUAAUGAUUAUGAUGAUGAUGAUAAUAAUAAAGAUGUGAAAACUCGCAGCUCAAUCACAUCCAAUCCUUCCCUGCCAUUUUUCCCCCACUCCAUAGUCCCAGCCACCCUGUCACCCCUGAGCCUGAACAGCAAAGGCAAGAACCGUGGUCCGCCUCAGGGCCUUUCCAGCCACCAGACUCAAUUCGGGAGGUACAGUUGAGAUAAAAGCAGGAGCCAAAAGCAGAGGCCAGCGAUCGGUUCCCCCAGGCCCCAGUGCCUCUCUCUUGCUAAAUCCACAAUUGCCUCUCCCAUUCAGACUUGAGGGAUGGAGGGAAGCCUUUUCCUUCUUGUUCUCUAAGCUUGCCUAGGUUUGUGAGACUCUGGAGGGAUGCCACUUGAGGCCUCCUAGCCCAGAGCCCUGGAGAGACCUAGCUGGGCGGGUCUGGGCGCCUCGGCAGCGUUUUUCUGUCUUCUGCUAGCCAAGGCCCCUGGCCUUUGGCCCGCCCACAUGGCUGUAUCUGCCGGCCUUGGCCCUCGGCUCCCCGGCCUAUUGCUCCGGAGACUGAAAAAUGAGGCCACUGGGCAUCUCUCCACAGUUCGUAUACAGGCUCCAGGGUGCCCCUUCCCAUAUUAAGUAGGAGCUCGGUGGCAAGGGAGAGAAUGAGAACCCGGGAGCAGGAGGCUGCAAGGGCCCGACUUUAUCUGGCUCUUUGGAGACCUGAGGGCACCAGGCCAGGUGAUGAGGCAGUUGGUCUCAUCUUCUCUACCCAAAAGGGCUUAUCUUCUCUCUUCUCCCACCAACACCCAAGCCUCAGGCUCCAGGCUCCGUUUUCUUUUUUUUCCUCCUCCCUCUCUCCCCCUUUUUUUAUUUUUAAAGUAAAUAGUCGCCUGGCAGAAGGGCCCAGCUGCCGAGAUCUCUGGCCGCCCAGCGGGCUCAGCAAGGGGCCGCCGGUCUUCCGAACCCCUUCCCAGGGAGGCUGUAAGGCGGAUGAGCAAAUUCUCCGACUGUUAGCCACCAGCAGCACAAGGCUUCGGAUCUGGCCUCCGAAUGCGAUGGCUGGCAUCUGGCGAGAUUGUUAAGGGGUUCCGUUUUUAUCCCCAAACUCUCACAUAGGAGUUACCACCCAAAUCUAAACCGCCUAGGCGGUGGCCGCUCUGGUCUUGGCCGCUCUCGGCUGCCUGUUCCCGCCCGUGUUCCUUCUAGGGUCCCUUCUCCAGCUCGGUUCCUAGGCCUGGGCUAAGGAUGCGAGGUCAGGAGCAGAAUUUCAAACUUCGCAGGGCCCCAGGAGAACGAAGAGCUUCUCUGCCUCUUCCAGCCUCCUGCCCAGCCCCGCGGCUCCCUGGUGGUGUGGACCUGCCACCGAAGCCUCCUCGCCAGGAAGGAGGCCUGGUUGAGCUAACGGAGAUAACUCGGAAUGAUUGUUUUUCACACACAACUUCUAGCCCUUCCCCCCCCCCCAUUUCCUUACCCAACUUUGGGACUGGCAAAGCUCAAGGAGGGAAGGUCAGGCGACUAAAUCCUUGAUCACACUCUCCAGAGUUAAAAUAAUGGUAAUAACAAUAAAUGAUGAUGAUAACAAUGUCAGAGAGAAGGACAUAAAUCGAGGGAAUAACCGCACUCUAGCAAAGUGGGCAAAAGACUCAAACCUAUCUUCCUAAAGGUCCAACCCUGCGGGUGAGCCGCGGGCCCGGGUUUCUUUCUCGCCUGGCUGUUGCCCAGAGCCAGCUGGGAGGCUGCCGACGCCGCCAUGGCGGCCUGCUGCCCGCGCUCCCAUCAAUCGCCGGGAGGUGGCGCGCUCUGCUCAGAGGCCAACGCCAACCUUCUCCCUGUUUCUCCCCCGUCUCUCUUUCUCCCCCCCUCUCGGAGGCUCGCAUUGAAUCGGCCCUAACGAUUCUCGGAUCGUCAUUAUUUGUAACCAUAGAGCAUGAAUUACCUCUUGAGGUCAUCAGCGAGAAUUUACGACUGGUCAACAAAAGCACGUGAUUCCCUAACGCCCCCCCAUCCCCCUUCCAACCCCCCCCAUAUUUGGCCGCAUACAUAGCAAAACGAAGUACAGUGCAUCGCUAUAAUUCAUUAAUACAUCAUAAAUCGUGAAGCACAGGGUUAUAACGACCACGAUCCACAAAUCAAGCCCUCCAAAAUCACCCAAAUGAGCUCGUACUUUGUAAACUCCUUCUCGGGGCGUUAUCCAAAUGGCCCGGACUAUCAGUUGCUAAAUUAUGGCAGUGGCAGCUCUCUGAGCGGCUCUUACAGGGAUCCCGCUGCCAUGCACACCGGCUCUUACGGCUACAAUUACAAUGGGAUGGAUCUCAGCGUCAACCGCUCCUCGGCCUCCUCCAGCCACUUUGGGGCGGUGGGCGAGAGCUCGCGCGCCUUCCCCGCGUCAGCCCAGGAGCCCCGCUUCAGGCAGGCGACGUCCAGCUGCUCCCUGUCCUCGCCCGAGUCCCUGCCCUGCACCAACGGCGACAGCCACGGCGCCAAGCCCGCUGCUUCGUCCCCUUCCGACCAGGCGACCCCAGCCAGCUCCAGCGCCAAUUUCACCGAAAUAGACGAGGCCAGCGCAUCCUCCGAGCCUGAGGAAGCGGCGAGCCAGCUAAGCAGCCCGAGCCUGGCCCGGGCACAGCCAGAGCCCAUGGCCACCACUACAGCCGCGCCCGAGGGGCAGACUCCACAGAUAUUCCCCUGGAUGAGGAAGCUUCACAUCAGCCACGAUAUGACUGGGCCAGACGGGAAAAGGGCCCGGACCGCGUACACGCGCUACCAGACCCUGGAGCUGGAGAAGGAGUUCCACUUCAAUCGCUACCUGACCCGGCGACGACGCAUCGAGAUCGCCCACGCGCUCUGCCUGUCCGAGCGCCAGAUCAAAAUCUGGUUCCAGAACCGUCGCAUGAAGUGGAAGAAAGACAACAAACUGAAAAGUAUGAGCCUGGCUACAGCCGGCAGCGCCUUCCAACCAUGAGCCCAUCCGGAGGAGCCCUGGGCGGCCCAAGAGCCCGCACCACCCCCAGCCCGACCCUUCCAAUCCUCCCUGCACUGCCGCUGCCCGCUGGGGACCUGUCCCCACGAGCCUGUCUCGCCCCAGCCUCGUAUUGCAAUUUUUCGUUUGGUCUUAGGUCUUCCCAUGGCUCCCUCUCUCCUGGACUGGUUAUCUUGUUAUUAUUGUUAAUAAUAAUAAUUAUUAUUAUUAUUUCCCCUCCAUGCUCCCCACUUCCCUCGGCUCGCCCCCAAUUGCCAGUGUUUCUGAAUGUCCUCGUGUCUGUGGGUGCACCCCUUCCCCCAGGAAAAAGAAAAAAAGAAAAAGAAACUCGCAUGUUUAAUGUGACUUCCCCACCCCGUCUGUGUUCUAACUUAUUUAUAAAAGGAUGAUGGCUGUAUUUUGAGUUUCAGCUGGAAACUUCCGUAAGGGGCAGCAGCUGAGGAUGGGGAGUGCUGGGCCCAGCUGAGCUGGCCUAAGAAAUGGAGUCUGUGAUCAUCGUGUCUCUUUUCACCCACCUCAUCCUCCUCAGCUUCCACUCCCUGGGCCCAGGUCUCCCAGGGGCUUGUUCCUGGGGUGGGAAGGGGCCAGGGAAGGACCAAAGUGUGGAUGCUGGGAGGAAAAGAGGAAGAGUCGACAGCUGCUGCCUGGUAGGCCGCACGAGGCCUCCUCUAGGAGUGUAUGGAAUCAGAAAUAACCCUCAGUGUAAAAUGUCUUGUGAUUUUUUUUCUCUGUGAAUCUGUGGGUCUGGCUAGAAGGCCCAAAGCUUGUAAAUAUGGGGAUAGUCUGGGUCAGGCCCAUCACCUCCUUCCUUACCCAUUUCCAAGACCGUUUGUAGUAAGCAGGUGGGUGCUGUGCUGCCGCUCGUGUGGAAUCUGUCUUGGCCAGGCCUGUCUCAGUGGUUAGCUUUUGGUAUGUGUGUAGCUUUCCUUGAAGUCAAAUAAAUGUCUCCCCCACUCCA